UUUUCUUCUUUAUAGUCAGAAAAUGAACGGAGAGGUUCACAGUCAUUUAGAAGAGAACAUUCGUCCAUACAUUGAUCUGAUUGACACUCUGCGGUCAGUUGGCAUUCACAAGGACUUGUCAUUACCAACUAUUGCAGUGAUCGGAGACCAAAGUUCUGGAAAAAGCUCUGUGUUGGAGGCACUGUCUGGAAUUGCUUUACCAAGAGGGACUGGAAUCGUCACCAGAUGUCCAUUAGAGCUGAAGUUGAAGAAGGUAACAAGUGGAGUCAACUGGAAGGCUGUUCUGUCUUACCGUAAAAAGAAAACAGAUAUUGCUAAUUCAUCAUCGGUUGAAAACAAAAUCAAAGAAGCCCAGAAUGAGCUGGCAGGCAAAGGUGUAGGAAUAUGUGAUGAACUCAUCACUUUAGAGGUCAUGUCACCAGAUGUGUGUGACCUUACACUGAUUGAUCUACCUGGAAUUGCCCGAGUCCCAGUAAACGGACAACCAGAGGAUAUUGCAGAACAGAUUAAACGUCUGAUUACGAGAUAUAUUGAGAAGCAAGAGACUAUAAACAUGGUAGUGGUCCCUUGUAACAUUGACAUUGCAACAACAGAAGCAUUAAACAUGGCACAAAAAGUAGAUCCUGAGGGCAAAAGAACUGUCGGCAUUUUGACCAAGCCAGACCUCAUAGACAGGGGAACAGAGAAACAAAUUCUGGACAUUGUUCAGAACAAAACGAUUCCUCUCCGCAAAGGUUACAUCAUGGUGAAGUGUAGAGGACAACAUCAGAUCAAUGAGAACAUUUCUCUGGAGGAGGCAGCAAAAGAAGAGAGAGAUUUCUUCCAAAAACAUGAUUUUUUCAGAUGCCUCUUGAAUGAGGACAAAGUGACUAUUAAAAGUCUUGCCACCAAACUGACUCAGCAUCUCGUUGAUCAUAUUAAAAAAUCCCUCCCGCAGCUCAAUGAGCAGAUAAAAAAGCAGUUGUGUGACCUGAGGAAUGAGCUCAAAGAGUGUGAGGCUGGACCACCACAAGACCCUAAGGGUGCCAAACAAUUCCUCACUGAAACUAUAAUGAAAUUCAUCAAACAAAUCAAUUCCAUAUCAGCAGGAGAGCUGGUCAUUGGGGAAAAUUUAUUUGGCCAGCUUCGGAUGGAAUUCAAGAAAUGGAAUGAUCAUCUUAAUAAUAGAAAGCUAUCCUUUAAUAAUUCACCUGAAGAGGAAAUAACAUUCAACCAGGAAUUCAGAGGGAGGGAACUGCUCGGCUUCAGCAACUACAAAAUGUUUGAGGUGGUUCUGCAGAAGCAUGUGGCCACACUUAAAGACCCUGCCAAUCACUUACUCAAUGUCAUCAAAGACAUCGUCAUCAAGCAGUUUACUCAUGUAGUGAAUCAGUGUUUCCAAAACUACCCUGUUCUUCUAGAUAUCACUAAGGACAAAAUUUACAACAUUCAGUCAGUCCAGCAAGAAAAGGCGGAGAAAAGGAUUUCAGAGCAGUUUGACAUGGAAGACAUGAUCUUCACUCAAGAUGCUAUCUACUUAAAGAGCCUAAAAGAGAUUACAAAAGACAUGUUUUCAGAAGAGCAGAUACCUCUCUUUGACAAAAAAUGCAAGUACGGUGAAAUGCUGCAGGCGUAUUAUGAGAUUGUGGUGCACCGGAUGGCUGACCAACUGCCCAUGAUAAUCACUCUUUUCAUGCUGAAGCAAACUGCUCACCACCUGUCUACUGAGAUGGUGUAUUUACUGGAUGGGGCAAAUGUGAGCGAGCUCCUGUUCGAGGACUCUGAUGUUGGUAGAAAGCGCAGAGACCUGCAUGUUCGUCUGGAGCGUAUGAAAAUUGGUCAAGAAAAAAUUAGCAAUUUCAUCUGAGCAAUCUACUGACUGGAGGAU